AUGCCUAUCCCAAUUCUUAUCCAGGGAGCCCAGCUGGGCAUUUCAUCUAUUCCAUUUGCAUGGCCAAUUAUAAAAAUCACACCAUGGAUCAUCCUAUUCGCCGCGUUGAAAAUGUACUUCGGCGGAGCCCGCAACACCUCGGAGCGACUAAUGCAUUCUAAAAGGGUCAUGGUGACGGGCGGAACAUCCGGUAUAGGCGCCGAAGUUGUCAAAGGGCUCGCAACCCGCGGAGCCCAAGUCAUCAUCCUCACUCGCCAACCACCGUCCGACCUAUUCAUCGUCGAAUUUAUCGACGACCUUCGCAAAAGUACAGGAAAUCAGAAUAUCUGGGCCGAGCAAGUCGAUCUCGCAUCCCUGCAUUCCGUCCGCACGUUCGCUACACAGUGGAUCGAUAAUACCGAGCCCCGUCGUCUAGAUGCUGUUAUCCUGUGCGGUGGCCUUGCUGUGCCCGCUUCCGCGAAGAAGAGUACCAUUGACGGAAUUGACGAGGAGUGGCAGGUGAACUACCUUGCCAAUUUCCAUCUCCUGAGUAUCCUGAGUCCGGCAUUGAGGGCACAGCCGGCGCACCGAGACGUGCGUGUAAUUUUCACCGCGUGCUCGGGGUAUAUUGGGGCGAAGUUCGAAUUGGAGCGUGUGAAGAGGGGCAUGACAGGAAGUGUUUUAUCGAAGGAUGGAAAAAGGGUUUUUACUGCUGCGCCGAAGGGUAUUUAUGCUCUUAGCAAGUUUGCGCUUAUGAACUUUGCGUUCUCUUUCCAGAGACAUCUGAGUUCGUUUGCGAGACCGGAUGGCUUGCCGGCUUGUACGAGGGUUCUGGUUGUGGAUCCGGGUCAUUCGCGGACUCCUGGGACUCGUCGUUGGUUGACUGGUGGCUCACUCUGGGGGUUGCUGCUUUACCUGAUUACAUGGCCAUUUUGGUGUCUGAUUCUCAAGUCGCCGCAGCAGGGUGCGCAGAGUAUUCUGUAUGCUGCUAUGGAGGAGUCGUAUGGACGGGGCCCUGGUGGGUGGUUCAUCAAGGAGUGUCGGGAGAUGGAUCUUGCGCGGACGGAUGUGCGGGAUGAGGAUGUUGGAAAGCGGCUGUGGGAGUUUAGUGAGAAGCAGAUUGAGGAGGCUGAGAGGGAGAGCGCUUUGAACAGGACGAGGGAGAAGAAGGAGAAGGAGGCUGCCAAGGAAAAGGAGACUCGCAAGGAAACAUCAUCUGCGAAGACGCAGACUCCUGGGUCUAGACGGAACAAGAAGGCUAAAUAA